AUGAACAUGUUGGACGUAGAAGACGACAGCUUUCACGUCACACAUGAAGGCUACUCCCAUCUGAGUGACUCUGAGUGGGAGGUAGUGGGCCGCACGAGUGUGCGCAUGGUCUAA